GCUCCGUCUAUCAAUUGAGCAACAGUGAAUUGAUUUCUUAGGAGCCACAUGCUAAUAGCGUCGCUUGGAACAUUCACUGCGAAGAUAUGCUUUGCUUCUCGGGUCAGAACUGGUUGAACAUCAAAGCAUCGAAUUUUCCCUGUCAUCAGCAAAAUUUUCAAGGCUAUGUCGUGGGAUCUACGGCGCCAAAAUCUUUUGCUUGCAGGGAUACAGCAUGACCACCCUUCCGGUGUCUCUGUCAGCACCCUUGUACCAGUAUCUUGACCGUAAGCUCUACCGCGAAGCUUACGAAGUGGCUUGUAUGGGCGUGACGGAGGCCGACUGGUCACAGCUGGCACACGAGUCGGUCAAUGCGCUGGAACUGGACAUUGCCACACAAGCGUUCCAACGUAUCCAGGACUACAAAUACCUGGAGCUGAUGGAAUCUAUCGCCAAUCAGAAGCGGCUGGGAGGACCACAGGCGAAUAUCAACCACAAUGUCUUUAUCGGCGACAUCCUUGCGUGGCAGAGAAAGUUCAACGAAGCGGCUCGCUUGUACCGCAAGUGCGGCCGUAGCGACAAGGCGGUGGCUCUCUUCACCGAUUUGCGCCUUUUUUAUCAAGCCCAGGAGUAUCUCGGCGGAGACAGUACGACCGAACGGAUAAACGUCCUGAAAAAACGGACGGAUUGGGCGCAAGAUAUUCACGACCCACGAGCCGCAGCAGAAAUGUACCUGAAUGCCGGUGAAAUUCUCAAAGCUGUUGAGAUUAUCGCUGCCAACGGAUGGACAUCCAUGCUUGUUGACGCGUCUCGAAGACUAGACGCAACGGACCAAGCGUCAACGUUACGCAACAUUGCAGACCAUCUUCGUCGAUUGGGAUCAGUUCAGCUGGCCUGUGACAUCCUGCGGCGUCUUGGUGAUACGACUGCUCUGGCUGCCGCUUUGGUUGAGUGUGGCGCUUGCCGCUUGGACUGA